GAUUUGACGAAUGGCAUGUCUGCCAAACGGGCUCUGACAAAGAUCUCUUCACGGACGGCGACGCUAUCCUAUCGCGUACUUACGACGGCCAGAAAAACGUCUUGUCCCUGGUUCUCUCGCGCAGAGUGUUCGAAGCCAUGCGUAAUUCUGUGAUUGAGGGCCGCCGGUACCGAAAGACGAAGAGAGAAAUCGACGCAGACCUGGAGAAGAUCAAUGAUGACGCACAGCCAGCUUGGAACGAGUAUACCGCUGCCAUUAACGACCUCAAGGCAGCGAAAUGGAACUCGCGUUUCAGGACGCGUGAACUACAGCUGAAGGGCAAGCUGCAGGAUGCGGAGCGGAGAUGGUUCGCUAUCCUGAAAGAUAUGGACUAUUACCAAGCCAUGUUCCUGGAGCAUGCUGGGUCGUUACCGCGGGAUAAGGACAAAGGCUGGCCGUUGAAAGCCUACGAUUACCAUCACAGGAUUCGGUCUCGACACUAUGGGGACGGUGAUGUCUAUGACGGCGAGGAUACCGACACUGAUAGCUCUAUCCAGUCUAUCCAGGAAGCCACGACGCGCACGGGCGAAAAGGAAACUCCAGAGCAGGCUCAACGAGCGUACAACAAAGAACUCAUUGAUAUCAAAGAAGAAUGGGUGCAGCACCUUGCAGGUCUAGAGGCGAAACUCCAGUCUGCGAGGCAGCAGCAUGACUAUGCCCGAGGCACCCACGGACCCUUGUUGGAUUUCUACUGCCAAGAUAAUCCCGAUCGCGAUCCAGAGGAACUGAAGGAUGAAUAUGGCCCGCAAUUUGUGCAGCUUACGCGUAAAUAUGUAACGAUGAUACAAGAUGCAGAGGACGCAUUAAAGAACGGAAUAGCGGCGGCGAGAGCAGCUGGAAUCGAUCCAUAUGCGGAAAAUGCGUACGACUUGCGUGGUGAUGAGAAGUUCCAGGAGAGAUUGGUCGCGGAAGACGCCGAAAAAUGUAUAGCAAAUGUCGACCGCAGAAAGAUCUCUCGAUGGCUAGAUAGCUUCCGAAGAUACCAGCCAUGGCCAGUAUUGAAGCUGGACUCCGACGGUGGGUUCGGAUCAGAGACUAGUUCCAUAGCAUCUGCAUCGUCGACUGGAAGCUCAGACUCAGUAGGAAGUCAUUUAGGUGAUAGGGUAGGCUCGAGACCACCUCAACGCAGCCGCAAGAGGAACAAUUUCAUGGUAGGCGACGUAAAUCUGGAUAGCAUCAGCGUGUUCAACGAUGAUGACUACAUACGGCGACACAUUGAUAGUUGGGCGACCGAGAAGCGGGGUGGGUAUCUGUGA